UUUAGUACAGAAAGCUGCAGUUUUCAAUGCAUUCCCUUUCGUUUCCAUCUUCUUCCGCUCUACUGCCUUCUGUGUUUGCCUUGGAUUCUUCACAUCUUCUCUCUUUGCAACCAAAAAAGCUAAAUCGUCUUCAAAGUAGUUCCUUUUCUCCAAAACUUGUUUCACUCUCACAGUCUUAUGUCUCUCGUCACAGAGCGUUCUCUGUUUCUUCAACAUCUCCUCCUCCAGAGGGGACAGUCUCCGUGGUAGAUUUCCAUGAGAAAGAUUGGUCUUUUCUCGAAUCUAUGGAGCUCGACUCUCCUGAACAUACCCAGAAGAUGGAAAAGAUCAUAAAAGCUGGAGAAAUAUCCGAAUCCUCGAGGGUUUUGGUUUCGAUUAGCUCAGAAGCAUUCGUUGAUUGUCUGGUGGAAUCUUCAGCUUCCCAGCUCUUGCUUAUUGUCCAUGACUCCCUUUUCGUCUUGGCCUGUGUCAAAGAAAAAUACGACAAAGUCAAAUGUUGGCAAGGAGAAUUGAUCUAUGUUCCAGAGAAAUGGUCUCCAUUAGACGUCGUCUUUCUCUACUUUCUUCCAGCAUUGCCUUUCGAGCUUGACGAGGUGUUCAAGACACUGUCCCAGCGUUGUUCCUCCGGUGCAAGAGUAGUAAUCAGUCACCCGCAAGGUAGACAAGGCUUGGAGCAGCAAAGGAAGGAGUUUUCAGAUGUGGUCGUCUCUGAUUUACCUGAUAAUUCCACAUUGAUGAAUGUUGCUAAGAAGCAUUCGUUUGAGCUAACACAGUUUGUUGAUGAACAAGGACUUUAUCUUGCUGUUCUAAAGUUCUCCAAACAAUAGAUAUUAUGUCGGCGAGAAUUAUAUAUAAUCUACUGUAUUGAGAAUUUUUGUUUUGUUCCAGUUGUGAUGUAAUGAGAUACACCCGGCAAUGGAGAAUUAUUCAUUUUGAGUAAA